UCAUGUUGCUAGCGACAAUCGUACUUACAAUUUUGGUCAAAUAUGUGAGCUUAGAAUGUGUUAUUGACAACAGAUCUCCAACUUCAGAUUGGGAAGAAAGACUUUCGGAACAUUUUAAGUGCAAUUAUAAGGAAAAUAUAUUACCAAACGAAAAUUCAACGACCGUAGCUAUUCAAUUCAUUUUAAAAAACUUCUUCUUUGAUAGCGAUGAAGUGCUAUUCACUAUACAUAGCUUGAUGUUUUUCUCUUGGAACGAUCCAAGACUGAAGUGGAAUCCAGAUGAUUUUGGUGGCAUCGACAAUAUUGUUACUCAUUCUGUAUUUAUAUGGACACCGUUUUCAUACUUACAUCAAACGAAGGAUGUUGAUAAAAUGAGCACCUUCAAAUACCAUACAUCAAACUGUCAGAUCAGCUGUACCGGUCGAAUUGUCUGCGUACCUCGUGUCAUCCACACAACCACAUGUAGCUCCAAAUUACAUAACUGGCCGUAUGACAUCCAACGAUGUUCAUUUAAUUUUUACAUCAGAAAUGAAAAUAAAGACAAAGUGAAGUUUACUUUUAACUCAACUCGCGGUUUAUCAGCAUUUGGAGCAGAAUACGGAUCAGGCUGGGACAUUAUUGAUUAUGAAACUGGUGAAAAUGCUACAGGAGAAACGAAGAUUUAUUUGAAUUUCGUCGUCGAAAGGCAGGCGCUUGGUUGUGCUGCUAUGAUCGUCGUUCCAUCAAUUACGGUUGCAAUUCUGACCAUGACUUCAAUGGUUUUAGAUGUUGAGAACAAUAUUCGUUUUGGUUUAUCUAUUUUUAACUUAUUUUGCAAUUUUUGCUUAUUGAAAACUAUCAGCGAGAUUAUCCCUCAUCACGGCUCUGACACUCCAUCAAUAUUAUAUUUCAUUCAUUCCUCAAUAUACAUCACAGUGUGCAGUAUUUGUUUAAUAUUAAUAUUAAGUUCGUUGACACGUAAAAGAUGUUUACCUCACCCAUGGAUUAUUAGUUUUAAUGACCAUGUGUUUAACCACCCUAUUAUUAAGCAUCUCGUUUUUGGAAAAUGGAUGGAAACGUCGGUUAAAUCUCCAGAUGAAGCAGAUUACGUUGAGAAAUGGUCAGAUUUUACUUUUAUUAUAAAUAGUUUAAUGUUCUUAAUUAUUCUGAUCGUUUAUUUGAUAUUGUUUCUUGUGUUUAUUCCUCAACCAACAACUACAUAUUAGAGCCUAAUACAUCCCUUAUUUUUGGAAUAAAAAUUACAAAAUAUUGUAUAUCGUUUUUUUAAUUUUAAAUGCACAUGAAUUUAUAGAAUAAUAGUUUUCACCCGCGGCUUCGCUUGCGUGUUAGUUGCGUGAAGUGGGCGGGGGUGUCAUAUGUUAAGCAU